CGGUGGUUUGUAGUGUGCGCGAGAGAGAGACUGCAAGAGAGAGGGGGUGGGGAAAGUUGUUUUGUGUUGAAUUCCUGCAGUGUGUUUGACCCUUGACCUCGUUGUUGUGUUCUCUCCGCCUUGCAUUCCAAAGUGAGGUUUUCCUGCAGCAGAGUUGUAGUAGCUUGAGAGGCCAGGCGCUCGUAGCUGCUAGGGCUCGCUCGUUACUGCGCCCCCGUAUGUGUUUACUAUAUAGCUUCUUACUAGCCUUUAGUCACGUUACAGUGGACUAGAGUAGUACAACAAUAGUUUGUAUGAAUGAAUUAGCUAGCUCAAGAAGGGACGUGCUUACCGAGCACAGGACGAGCGAGAGAACAAACAACUGCGUGGUGGAAAAGCUAGCGAAACGGAGAAGAACAACUCGGCUAACGUUAGAUUGCUAGUCCUGACCCACCGACCAUAUUUAGCUUGCUAGCUAGCUAGGAAGCUAACUGCCGCUGGAGACGCAACCGAGAGAGAAUCGCUAGCUACUACAAGGGAGGAAAUGAAGGACAAACAGAAGAGAAAGAAGGAACGCACGUGGGCUGAGGCGGCUCGCAUGGUUCUGGAGAACUUCUCCGAUGCCCCGAUGACACCCAAGCAGAUCCUUCAUGUUAUACAGACCAAGGGGCUCAAGGAAAUGAGAAGUGGCACGGCUCCUCUGGCCUGUCUGGUGACUAUGCUGCACUCCCAGGUGAGGGGGGACCGAGUGAAGAACAGCAUCUUCUUCAAGCUGCCUGGCAGGAUGAGUCUGUUCACUUUGAAGAAGAAUGCUCUGCAGUGGACCAAGAGUUCCACAGAGUCAGAGACCGCCGAAUCCACCACACCAGCUACCGCUACCACAGCAACAGCCGGGCCAAUGGAAGGGGCCGAGCAAGAGAGCUGUGACUCAAUGGAAACGGUUGCGGCAAGUGGAGAGAACGAUGCAUCCGUUGAUGAGAGCUCGUCCAGCGCCUCCUGCUCCACAGAGCCCCAGACCAGGCUGAGUAGGUCUGGAGUCUCUGGACAUGCUCGCUCCGAGGCUCAGGCACAGACCCGACUGAGCCGGUCCAGACAGUCGGGCAGACAAAGGAAGAAGGCCGUAAUGAUGCCACGCGUGGUCCUCACUCCACUCAAGGUCAAUGGAGAACAUGUCCCGUCAGGAGCAGCAGGGAGGUGCAUGGAAGGCUCUAGGGGGGGUCCAGGACCCACGCUUCGUGCCCGCCCCGAGCUGGCUAGCUGGAAACGCCCCCAACACUUCAAGAGCAUUCGUGGCCACCACUCAGGGCCCAUGAAAAGGAGCCGAGGUGCAGUGGAGGUCGACUUUGAGACACCUGGCUCCAUCCUAGUCAACACCAACAUCCGGGCACUCAUAAACAUGCGCACAUUCUCUGCCUUCCCGGCACACUCCCAACAGCAACUCCUGCAGCUCCUCCCUGAGGUUGAUCGCCAGGUUGGACCUGAUGGUUUAGCUCGCCUGAGUAGCUCAGCUCUUAACAACGAGUUCUUCACGCAUGCCUCCCAGAGCUGGAAGGAACGGCUGGCUGAGGGGGAGUUCACCCACGAGAUGCAGGUGCGAUUCCGCCAGGAGAUGGAGAAGGAGAAGAAAGUGGAGGCGUGGAAGGAGAAGUUCUUUGAGGAGUACCAUGGUCAAAAGUCUGGCCUGACCCGGGAAGAGUCUCUGAAGUUGACCAUGAGCGAGGCAGCCGAUGCUGCGGCCAGUGUCCUGGACACGGAGGUGGCCUCGGCAGGAACGCCCAAGCGCCGCAGUGUGGGGAGGCGGCGACGGGAUGGCAGGAUGAGACGGCGAACGCGGGCGGACUUGAGACGCAGGGCGCGCCGCACCCUCUGCAAGACCAACUCCCCCGUCCUGCAGUCUCCCGAGCAGCCGGAGGGCACCCUGACUGUGGAUGCGGCUGCCUCUGUCUCUGCCCCCUCGCCGGUCCCCGAGGCCACGGCCCUGCAGGGAGAGGUUGUGCUGCAGGCAGACUCUGGACUGGAGACCCUGGCCGCCCUGGAUCCAUUGCCCUGCCCUUCGCCCGCACCCACUUCUGUGAACGUGCCUGAACCUGAACCUGAGCCUAGUCCCAGCCCUAGCCCGAGUCCUAGCCCGAGUCCUAGCCCUAGCCCCAGCCCCAGUCCAGCAUCCAUCAGCGCCACUGAUGAGCCCGAAGUCACCGCCCGCCUGCUUCCCGAGGAGCCCGCCCCUGUCGUCGCCUCAACCUCCUCUCCCUCCUCUUCGUCUUCCUCAUCGUCGUCGUCGUCCUCCCCUUCCUCCUCUCCCUCCUCCAACUCCGAGAGGCAGGGGGGUUUCACCGCCGGCUUGGACUCUUCUUCCUCGUCCUCUUCUUCCUCUACGGCCGCCGCCACCGCCGAUCCGCUGGACGACGGGGCCUCUGCGGUCACCUCGGUCACAGGGGGCACUGCCACCAGCAGCCGGGAGAGCAGCCCCGCAGCCAGCCCCGCCCCCACCGCCGCUUCCUCUGCCCAGGCCAAAGAGCAGAAGAGGAGACCAGACGAGUCCCAGGCCUUCUCCAGCUUUCCCGAGAAGAGGCCACGAAUGGACGAUCGUCAGUCCUUUCGUACCACAAUCGACGGGGUCCACACGGAGAAGCCCCAGCCGACAGCUGAGGAACCCAAGGUCCCACCUAUCCGGAUUCAACUCUCCAGAAUCAAACCGCCCUGGGUCAAAGGGCCGCCGACCUACCAGAUCUGCCCCCGCAUCGUGCCACCCGGUGAGGGCUCGCGGCGCUCGGGGACGGGGGCGCGCACCCUGGCGGACAUCAAAGCCCGCGCCCAGCAGGCCAGGGCCCAGCGCGAGGCCGCUGCUGCUGUUGCAGCCACUGGGGAUGGGCCAGGGCCCGGCGGGGGCCGGACUGGUGCUGGGCUACCGGAUCGCAGCAGUGGAAGACGAACACGAGAGCACCCAGGACCAGUCGAGCCCGGAGGAGGAGGAGCACCAAGAUCCGGAAGUGUGGAGGAGCAGGGAUCGCCUUCGGGCUCUCAUCCGCCUGGAGCACAACUACAGCUGUCCAAUAUAGAGUGCUCCUCUACCCCCACCCCCCACACAGCUGCGCCAUCCCCGUCCCUGUCCACCUCCUCCAACCCCUCCCUGUCCUCAUCCGAGCCCCCGCAAACCCCCACCCCACCACCGCCUCCCCAGGAGGAGCCGCCGAGAGAGCUGAACGGGGAGGACGGUGCCGCACAGACGUCCCCCCCAGUGAAAGGCACCUCCAACGGACUAUCAGACAAGGCAGCGCAGCUGGAGCCCGAGGCUCUGCCCAGCCCCCUCGGAGGGCGCGGCGAGGGGCUUGCCUGCAACACCAGCCCCCUGGCACCCACCUCCAUCCCCGAUUCCCUGCCGAGGUUCGGUGCCCAGGGAGUGGAUGUGAUCAGGUCCCUGGCGGGCAGCGAGCAGACUAGGGGGGCCGGCGGAGGAGGGGGCGUCAUCCAGCACGGCUCGCACCACGUGGGGCCGCAGGAGAACCCCCCCACCCCAGCUAGAGAGGGCUGCCUCCAGGGCGAGAGGCAGCAGUCCGAGCCCCUCGAGAGGGAGAGAGCCACGGACCCCCGUCCCUGUCGCCCGCCCUCCGCCGGAGAGGACGAGUCGGGGCGUCACAGCGACUCCACGGAGACCGCCUCCGACUGCGAGAACGAAACCCAGGAGGAGGAGGCCCAUCUGAGCACGUGGCGCUACCACCUGCCCGCUCAGCGCAACGGCAACGUCCAGCACCUCCACAGGCUGUCUCAGCAGGCCCACGGCCAGCCUGUGAUAUGCAGCCCCACCCCACCGCAGAACCAGCAGCCCGUCAUCCAGGCCCACGUGUCUAACCACCACGGCCAGACGGUCAUCCAGCCCUGCUACCCCAACGGCCUGCCCAGCCAGAGCCUCACGCAGUCAGGCCAACAGCAGCCUGGACGCGCCCCCCAGCUGGACCAACAGGCGGUGAAUGCGCCGCACUCCCAACAAGCUCAGCGUGCCCAUAAGACUGACACCACGGACGACUACAAAGGGUCCGGCAAGGGCUCAUCUGAGGAGGAUUGUAGGCUGGGGUUGAAGCCCUCUCCCAUCCCACCCUCUCCUGGCGCUAAGAGGCUCCCUAGUUCAGCCCGGCCCGUGUCCACAGUGGAGGCCAAUAACCCUCUGGUCACCCAGCUUCUCCAAGGCAGCCUCCCGCUGGAGAAAGUCCUGCCGCAGACACACUCGGCCAGCAAGCUGGAGAUCAACCGUCUGUCAGGGGCGCCGCAGCCAGCCUCCCAGACCCAGCUUAACCGGCAGCAGCAGACCAGGAACCCUGUCCCUCGCUUCAGGGGUCCCCCAGAUGCAUGUACCGGGGAGCCCCUGGUCCCGGAGCUGACCACUCAGAACCAGCAGAAGUCGCCUGCUGGCCGAGGUGGUUCCCCGGGAGCAGGUCAGAGCUUCGGGUCCUCUCCCCCAGGCACCGUUCCCUCCCGCAUGGCCUGCCUGCUGGAGGAGGCCUCCUCUCGGGCCACGGCCAUGCAGCAGUACUUCUCUCAGCAGACAGGUGGCUCCGGUCCCCCCGGAGCCGUGCCAGUCAUCACGUCUCUCUCUUCUUCGUCGUCCUCUUCCAGGCGCAACUCCCAGGAGUCGGCUGUGAUCCGAGAGUCACCGGAAAGGCACCACAACAACCCAGUUCAACCCCGUCCCACUCCGGAAGCCCUCUCGCCCCCCAACAGCAACCUCUGCCCCUCAGAGGUGGUCCCCACAAUAAAGAUAAACUGGCACCCAUCUAAACCCCACCCCCUGCACCAGCAGCAGCUCUCCCCAGCACCCAGUGUGAAAAGUGAGGUAACCUCCAGGCCCUCUUGCCAAGCUCUUGCCAAAACCUCCCCCUCUGGCCCCAUGGUGGGCGGUGGGCCAGGCGUGGUGGUCACCAAAAAGGAGACACCGAACUCCAUGGACGGUUACCUGACUGGAGGAGGGCUGGGUGGAGGCGGGGCUAUGGAGGGACUGCUGAACAUGGAGAUGUCCUUAGCCCGCAUGGCUAAGAAGGAGGCGCAGAGCAAAGCUCAGUACUCCUCUACCUCCCCCUCCUCGUCCUCAUCUCCGUCCUCCUCUUCCUCCUCGUCCUCCCUUCCUUUCCAGCUCUAUGGGAAGCUGCCCAAGCAGGGCGGGGGCAUGUCAGCGCCCGGCUUCAGCUACACGGCCAAUGUGUCGGUGGUGGACGGCAGCGGCUUCUCGCGGAGCAUCGCCGAUGGCGUCCUACAGCUGCGCCAGCGCCACAGUGCCAGCCAGAGCGCCACCCUCAGCAUCCAGGCAUUCGCCGACAGCGCCGCCGAGGAGGUGGCCCUCAAGUGCUCAUGCCGCCUCAAGGCCAUGAUCAUGUGCCAGGGGUGUGGGGCGUUCUGCCACGAUGACUGCAUCGGGCCCUCCAAGCUGUGUGUGUCCUGCCUGGUGGUCAGAUAAGAGCCUUCUGACUGGGCCGUAGUGAUGGCGGUUAUAUGGCGCUGACACCUUGGGCAUACCUGCUCGAUGUAUAAACUGUUGACGGACCUAACACAUCCAGGACUUGUGAGAGAAACAAAGGUGUGGGACUCUAGGCCCAAACAUGUACAUUACCCUUGGAAGAGGGUGGGGACACAGUGGUGGGUUGUUGCCUUGUAUUAUAAAAUCAGUCUGUAUUUUUUGUUGCAUAUUUUUUCUAAUGCUGUUACGUUGUUAUUAUUAUUAUUAUUAUUGUUGUUGUUAUUAUUAUUAUAUUAUUAUUAAUAUUAUGUGAAUUUACUUGGCACGGUUGAUUGUAAAUUGUGCCUUUUUUCUUUAUUUUCUCAAAAACAUUUACCUCAUUUAUCUUGAAAUACCUGUCAUCAGUUCAUUGUGAAAAUGGUGGCCGUUACUGUUUGUUUUCCACUCUGGCCCUACAAUGAAGGGUUUGGAGGUGGAUUUUUUUCCUCUUGUCUCUUUCUUGCAAAUAAAUAUUUUUUUAAUCAUUAAAGCAAGCAUAAAUUA